AUGGAAGGAAAGAAGGGCAGGUUCUCAUUUGGUAAACCAAAGACUUCUCUAACUAAUGCAAUUAAACUGGAGAAGGGAGUUGUGGACAAUGAUGAGAUUUUCGAUCCAGGCGGGCAAUCCAAAUUCGUUCUCAAGAACCUUCAGCAUUACACAGUCCAUCCCCAACUGGGUCAGUACUAUGAGCCCCUGAAGCCCAGCGCACUGCAGAAACUCAUGGCUCGGAACAAGAAAGUCUUAAGCUUCACGCUCAAAGUCACGGAGUAUGAUCAGGAUAAGACCUUACUGAUCCUGACCAACAACCCACCUCCAUCCCCGAUGGGCCAGCAAGGAAAGGACCUCCCACCAAAAUACUUUCCCAAGGAGUUCCUGCUCAAGCACAACACUGCUGAGAAGGUCUGCCUACUUUCAAUGCCUCAGAAAAAAAUGUUAAGACCUAAGCUGAAACCAGUCUUCCCUGUGACACUGUUGAAGGGUCCUGCAUCCAAGCAAGAACAAUGGUUUAGGUUUUCCACCGAGAAUGAUUUCAAGAGUGAAGGAAAAUAUUCGAUGUUCUGUACUUUGAGGAAACAGAAAAACAUGUACCCUCAGCUCACCUUUGCUCAAGUCUGUAACAGAGACACAGUAAAAGAUGUCUCCAAGAAGUCACAAAGUGGCACGGCGACUUCGAAGAUUAAGUGGGAACCAUUAACCCUUGAAUCGCUUCUGGAGGAGAAGCCCACCAGAAUCGCGCCUGGGGAGAAAGACUUCCGUUUUGGAAGGGCCCAGCAUUGGUUCACUAAAAAUACCGCUGCCAUUAAGUAA